GCAAGGACUACUAGACUAGUAUUCAUUGUCCUACCCAAGGCCUGUUCCUCCAAUGCCAUGGCCCUGGCAGUCAGAGAGUGCUCCGGUUGAUGGGAAAAAAGAAGCACUAGCUCAAGAGACCAAUACUGUGCUCGACCCACGCACCUGGCUCGACACCAAUGUGCUUGUGCCUGUCCUGCUUCUGACCUCUGCUUCACUAGGCGCCUACCACUUCUACAGACGCGGUCUCAGACGCUACCCGACCAUUGAUCACCUCCCUGCUCAAAUAUAUGGCUCCAGCAACCCGAAAGCACGCUCUCGCAGUCUUCUUGGCUAUGUGACCUCAGUUGGCGACGGCGAUAAUUUUCGCUUCUUUCACACACCUGGCGGGCGUUUGACUGGCUGGGGCUGGCUGAGAUCUGUGCCCACCGACAAGAAGGCUCUGCGUAACCAGACCAUUCAUGUUCGUAUUGCUGGGAUUGACGCGCCAGAGCUGGCUCACUUUGGCAAUCCUGCGCAACCAUUCGGCAAGGAAGCGCUCGACUGGCUGGCUAGCACCGUCCUUCACAAGCGUGUGCGUGUUCGAAUACAUUCGCGUGAUCGAUUUGAUCGUGUCGUCGGCAAUCCAGAGAUGCGUCAAUGGCCCUUCAUCUGGAUCAAGCGCGAUGUUGGUCUCGAACAAAUUAAGGCUGGCAUGGCAACAGUGUUUCGACAGGGCGGCGCAGAGUAUGGUGGCUUGAUGGAUGCUAUGGAACGUGCUGAAGGAGUAGCUAAAGCUGCCAAGAAGGGCAUGUGGAGUCAGGGCAAGAAGCUUGAAACGCCUGCAGCAUACAAGAAGCGGACGCGUGGAGAAGACCAUGAAGUUGUCACGUCAAAGACACCCAAGAUGGCAGCGCAGCAAAACAACAGCCUACUCGCCUGGCUCAAAUGGUCGAUUGGCAAGUGAUGCUACUUCUUCAAAUUGACAAACUUUUGGUAAAAGAAGGAGGGCGUUGAUGGCUGCUUUCUUG